AUGUUAAAUUUUGAGAGGGACGCUGUGCAGCCCGAUGACAACAUCUUCCAGAUCUCGUUCGAUGACGCCAGUCAAACCACAAACCAAGGCCUAAUCCACGCCAUUGGUAUUGGCCGCCUCUUUGUCAAUGUCAGCGAUGCUGAAGAUCAACGAAUCUCAAAAUGGACUGGUUACGAAGUGUUUGUUGAUUGGGAUCUCGCACUCUGGAUGGUGUUCGACCCGCAUUCGCUCAACCCUCGAGCCAAAGGCUGGUAUCCAGAAUACUGCACCCUUGCCCAUCCGAGCCUCAAAAUAUCUUCCAAGAAGGUCCAACUUCCCAGUGAUGAAUCAAAAACACAUCUAUUCGACAUUGUUUGUUUCUUCCCGUCUCUACGUGGUCUUGUAAAUUCCCAAUUCAGUACAGCUAGCGAGUGCAUUCACAGACGCCAGGUUCGCAAAGGUAUUAACUAUGUGGAGCGAAAAGUUGUUGAUGAUCGUUCCGAAAGUAAGUUCGUUCCCUGA